UUUGUAUAAAUUGGAAUGAAGCCUCCAUAUUUGUAUCAUUCAGUUAUCUCAACGACAACUAAUAGACAACCUUAUCUCAAGAUGAAAUUCGUUAUUGUAUUCACCGCCCUCUUCGCCGUUGCCUUGGCCGCUACAUCUCCUUUGGACUCAGCUCACGCUGAAACCCUUCGUUAUGACAACGACAAUAUCGGAGUUGAAGGAUUCAAAUACGCUGUUGAGACCAGCGAUGGCAAGUCUGCCAGCGAACAAGGAGUCUUGAAGAACGUUGGUUCCGAAAACGAAGCUAUCUCCGUCCAAGGACAAUUCAGCUACAUCGGACCCGAUGGUGUCACAUACCAGGUUACCUACCUCGCCGAUGAGAACGGUUUCCAACCACAAGGUGCUCAUUUGCCCGUUGCCCCAACCCUUUAAAUGACAAACACUUAUAGUGGAAGGUAGAACUGGUGCGUCGGCUUCGUUUUCGUAGUCGUCGUUGAAGUUCACUGACUGAUCAGUUUAUCGAUUGGUAUUCAAACGAUAUGUUGAGUAGUUCUUAAUUAAGGAUUUCUUGGUUUGAAAACCAAAGCAAUAAAAGUUGUGUAUGGCAUAGGACCAAGUGAAAAA